AUGUUGACCUUUCCAGGAUCUCAUGCACUUCCUCAUCAGGUGUUUGAAGACGAUGACAAAGUUGUGACUGUUCGUUACGAGGCUCGAGGCGUUGUAGCUGCGAUCUGCCCUUGGAAUUCAUUCGGAAAAAUCGCGCCUGCUCUUGCAGUAGGAAACUGCGUCAUUGUCAAGCCAUCGCCAUUCACGCCAUACACAACACUGAAAUUCGUUGAAUUGGCCCAAUCGAUCUUCCCUCCCGGAGUUCUCCAAGUUGUCGCCGACGACGGAACUUUAGGUCCACAUCUUGUCAAUCAUCCGGGAAUCCAACAAAUCUCAUUCACAGGCUCCACGGCAACGGGGAAGAAGGUGAUGGAAGCUGCAGCAAAAACGAUGAAGAAAGUCACACUUGAGCUAGGCGGAAACGACGCAUCGAUCAUAAUGCCAGACGUGGAUAUCGAAAAAAUUAUUCCAGAAGUCGCCAUGGGUGCGUGGUGGAAUUCCGGCCAAUCCUGCAUUGCCACAAAACGUCUCUAUAUUCAUAAGAGCAUCUAUGAGGAUUUUCUAAAAGCUCUCGUCGAAUUCACAAAGUCUAUUUCUGUGGGAUGUGGAUCCGGUGGAGGCCCGGUGAUGGGCCCGGUGCAGAACGAAAUGCAAUUCAUGAAACUGAAGGGGCUGAUUGCAGGGUGUCGGGAGCGCGGAUACAUCUUUGCUCUUGAUGAACCAGAGGGCGGACGAAUCGACCUUUCCCGGCAGUCUCUGGACUCGGGCUUUUUCCUUUGGCCUAUGAUUGUUGAUGAUCCCCCAGCCGAGUCAUCUCUGGUCAUGGAGGAGCAAUUUGGUGAGUCAAAUGUUGACCAGACCUCGUUUACCACUUGUCUGAACUGUAUUGCUGACGGCCAAGGCCCUAUAAUUCCGUGUGUGCCAUUUUCAACCGAAGAUUCUGUGAUAACAGCUGUCAAUGGUACAUCGACGGGGCUGAGUGCGAGUGUGUGGUGUAAUUCCGUUCAUACCGCGCAGAGAAUUGCAAGCCAACUAGAUGUUGGGACUGUUUUCAUUAAUGGACCUGGUCGACCUGAUCCGCGUGUGCCGUUUUCUGGGCAUAAGGAGAGUGGGAUGGGUAUUGAGUACGGGGUGAUGGGUCUGGUCGAGUACUGUCAGGUUAAGUCAAUCGUCCGAUACAAGUAG